AUGCUGCGCUCAGCUUCAUCAGCCGUCCGGGCGGUGUCGCAGUCGAGCCUUCGUCAAGGCGCUCUCGCUGCAGGCGCCUCGCGAGCACGACUCGUUUCGUCCUCGACACCACGGCUGCGCAACGACGACUCGGCCAAGGGAAGCAAGGAUGUGAAUGCAUCGCCGACGGCAGCCACCUCUGCCAGUCGUGCCUCGCUCGCCCCGAGUUCAUCACCGGCGGCAACCACGUCCAAGCCCGUGCAGAUCUCGUACAGCCCGCCCAACAAGGGCACCACCGGCGGCGGAUCCAUCACCCUCAACCUUCCGCCGCAGCUCGUCCAGGCCAUGUCGCGCAAGAACAACGUCGCGCCCACAAAGACCUCGUCCGCACGCGCCAAGGCGCAAGCCUCCAAGGCGCUGCGUCAGACCAUCGCCGAGCCCACCACGGGCCAGGUGUACGCGUGGGCAACCGCCUACUCGUACUCGUUUGCCGAGCUCAUUCGUUCCGGCAGGCUGCCUCCCAACUACCAGAUCUUUGAGGACAACGAGGUGAUCCACAUCCCGCAGUGGCCGGUCGCAUCGGCGUCUCCAGCAAGCUCGGCAGCACCAGCGGCGUCAACGUCCACUUCGGCAGCAUUGGGCAGGGGCGAGGUGUUCAUCUUCCGCUCCGGAUCGUUUGUCACGUGGGGGCUGGACGAGGAGCAGAGCCAGCGCUUCCUGCGCAGCGUCAUCCAGGGCCGCGAUCUGCAGUACCAGGUGGAGCUCGGCAGGUAUUCGCAGAUCGGCGACGAGGCCAUGGACUAUCUCUACGCCUCGUCGCAGCCCACGCGCGUCCAGGGCGAUAUCAUCGUCAUCGGUCAGCCGCCCAAGACGUUCGAUGCCGAAGCUGACCCUACGGACACUGCUGAGGCGCUUGACUUUGCCGAACCCGCGGAAGCGCCGGUGUCGUCGCCGACCGCUUCGACCUCGCCGUAUACGUCGUUUGGAACCGAGUGGACGCCCACGCUCGCGCGGCUGGCGUUCUCGCAGGGCCUGGCACGCUCCGCUAGGCUGUCGGUGCAGGAAUCGGCGCUGUCCAACUUUCUCUCGACCGUCUCGACCAUCCCUGCGCAGCUCGAGCAGGCGGGAAGUGUGCCUCUCUCGCGCGCGUCUACCAUCCAACACACAGGCACACUGCUGCGUCUGCGCCAAACCGCCAAUCUCGACCGAGACAACUUUUACGACGAACCCGAAGUGUACUGGGAGAACGGAAAGAUGGAGGAUCACUACCGCUCCAUCUGCCACAACCUCGACAUCGGACAGCGCUUCGAGACGCUCAAUGAAAAGCUCGACCACUGCGAGAACUUGCUCGCCGUCGUGAGGGCGCUGCUCACCGAGAAAACCACGCACAGGAUGGAGCUCAUCAUCAUCGGACUCAUCGCGUUCGAGGCUGGGUUGGCUUUGUUGGGUCACGGAUGGGUGCCAACGCCGAAAAAUGUGCGCGCUUGGUGGUCGUCUGCAAAGGAGUACUUUAGCACCAGCAAGGACAGCAUAGAGGAGAAGGUAGAGCCAGUGGAGGAGAUCAUUCACGCUCCUGUUCGGCUCGUAUAG